UGGCUUCCGCGACAGAAGCAGAAGUGAAGAGGCUGGGGCCAGCUUCAGAGUGGAUGGUAGCCAACACCGGGCACUCCAGAGCCCAGAUACUGGACGCUGCAGUGAACAAUCUGGUGGACGUGUUAUGUAACAUGAUUUCAUACUACGACAAGCACAUAGAGCAAAGCCCACCAAGUGAUCUACUUAUAGAGGCACAGGAGCUUUGUCUUCCCAUUGCCAGCAAUGUGGAGUGCUUGCCUUUGGUCGUUUGUUGAAAUCCCGCACAACCAUCUAUCAUUACUGUCUUUUUUAUUAUCAGAUUGAAGCACUCUUGUACCAUUGUAGUCGACAGCGAUGGUAAGAGGCAUCAUAGAGAAGAUGAACCGUUCAGAUGAUGUUGACACUCUAUUGUUCAGGGAGUUCCCUAUAAUAAUAUCUCAACCACUCCCAAAAGCUCCAGUGUCUCCGUUGUCUCAGCAGUUUCUAGAGAAAGUAACUCACUUAAUGAAGUCUGGGGUUAGACUGUCUUACAAUUCACUGGUGGUACUAUGGACUACACAUCCUCCUGCUAUCCAACAAGAGUUGAUGGAGAUGGCAAGGACGUGUAUGACAUUGUCUUCUGAGAAGUCGUUCUUGACUUACAUCAAUGGCCAUGAUCUUGCAAGAGCAUGUGCUCAAUCCUCACAGCUCUUUGACUAUUCGACAUCUUUCUUGAGGGAAAUCGUAGAGAGAGAACCAGAGAAAUCUGUAUUCUUCCAUUUGUUUAACCACACCAUCACCAGAAAAAUACUAUCACAUAGGAGUCUUGAAGAAAAAUAGACAAAUUAUUCAGAGUCAGGUUCAUUCACACUUUACUUCUUUUAACUUCCAGACUGACACUGAUCUUCCGUUUAUUGUUGUUGUCUUCUUCAAAGAAAACCUAUAAUAAGAGAUACAUGUUGUUUUGUUUUAGAGAUUAAUGUUUUUCCCUUUGCUCAUAU